UGGAACAACAACUAAAGUUCUGAACAGUUCUUCAGUGUUCAAGUGUAUAUCAGGUGUCCCAAAUGGCUCCCAUCUCCAGUCGCGCUUCACUUUCUACCAACACUUGCAGUUCUUCGCAAAUGAACAGCUGUCAGUGUAGACAUCUUGGAGACAGUCUAUGGAGUUCUUACCUGCCCAUCAGCAGACGGGGACUUUUCUUCCAAGACUGCUAUUUCGGACAAGCUCAAACCCUGUUGGACCGCGCUGUCAGGGACAUACUUAACAAGUGGGGCCAGACACAACUACUCACUGACACAUGGAAUGACAACAACUUGUGCCUUUCCAACAAUCUCAGUCGCUACAGGCAGCUACGAGCACACAACUUGAAGAACGAGAUAUUGGCACUAACUUCCUCCACAGACAACACUUCUCAUAAGAUAGUGAUUGAUGUUCAUGACUACAUUGACGGGGAGGUGAAGGUGAAGAUACUGGGAGAGAAGGAAUUGAUGGUGGAGGCUCACAAGAAGAUGGUGGGAGAGAGAGAAGUGAUAAAUGGGGGACACAGCAACAUAAACAAAGAAUCAACAGUGUCCUCACACAGUUUAAGACGUCACUUUAUCUUGCCAGACAUGACCAACACGGACGCCAUUACAGCUGUAAUGUCCUCUGAUGGUAUACUUACCAUUAUUGCUCCUAAAAGAGAAAUUCAAGGCAGUGAUGAAGACUCAAGGAUUACCAUUAAGGUCGAGGGAACAGUUAAUAAUGAAGGAAUUUCAUCUUUAUCUUCUACUUCUUCUUCUCAAAAUACUUCACAAAACUCAGCUUCCGGCAGCAACAAUGAGUUACGUGUCAACAAACAAGAGUCAAGUGAUUGUCUUCAGGAACAACAAGAACAACACUGUAUUUCUAAACAAGACAAACUACGAAAGAUUCCUAUUAAAAUUAACUCAACUCUGGUCAAAAGUCAGUGUAAUUCACAGACUAAUGACAUUAAUGGUUCCUCUGGUGACUCACAUCAAUUAAACGUUGAAUUAAAACAAAACUCGUCACGUAAAGCCACACAGUUUACGUCACAGCAAAAUGACGUAAGUCACACUGACACUAAGAAGGCAACAACGGAAAAGCUUAAUGAAAACACUAAUUCAAGUGUCACUUGUAACAGCCAGCACAACACUGAGACUCAGAACACGUCCUUGACAGGUGACACUCAACAAUCAUCAUCAACAACACGAGAUGUCCGUAAUAUUCACAUCUCUCACAACAAUCUUCUACCAAUAACUAAAAGAGGACUCUUCUUCAGUGACUCCUUCUUUGAAGAUGCUCGUAAAGACUUCGAGAAGUCUGUUAAUGAUAUCCUGACAAGAUGGGGCAAAGAAGAGGUUGUCAGUGAGACGUGUGAAGACUCGAGCCUCCGUCUGAACAACAGUUUAAGACGAUACAGACAACUUAGAGGUCACGACCUGAGAGAUGAGAACCAGGCCAUCACGGUCACCACUAACAACACCGCUCACAAGAUCGUGCUGGAUGUUCAUGACUUCAUGGCUGGUGAGGUGAAGGUGAAGGUGGUGGGAGGGAGACAGGUGCUUGUUGAAGGUCACCUCAACACAAACAAUGGAGACUUCGCCUCCUCCUCCUCCCACACCUUCAGGAGGACUUUUACCCUGCCAGAGAACACCAACACUGAGAAUAUCACCUCCGUCAUGUCCUCUGAUGGUAUACUGACCAUCACUGCUCCAAAAAUUGUAAAACAAUUGAAGGGCAACGAGGUGAUAAUUCCCGUUACACUUGAGGAAGAUUAUAAAACAAAUGAAGAAACUAAGUUGACAUCCACUUCAGUAUCUCAGGUUGCUGCUGCAACCAACUCUUCCUCAGUACCCAGCUCUUCCUCAGCACCCAACUCUUCCUCAGCACCCAGCUCUUCCUCAGCACCCAGCACUUCCUCAGUACCCAGCUCUUCCUCAGCACCCAGCACUUCCUCAGCACCCAGCACUUCCUCAGCUCCCAAUUCAAAACAGUUGGAAGACGAACAGAAGUGUGAAUGUGAAAGAUGUCAGAAAAUUGAACUAACUAGAACUGAACAAACUCAACAUCAAAGAGAAACUCAGGAUGAUGUUAGAACUAAUAAGAGUGUCUUGUCCAGCGAGAAAACAUCACAAGUAAAUGUUUCUCAACAAUCACGGGAAGAAAUUCCUACAAAAACUCCAAAGAAACUCAUUUCCAGCACCACACAAACAGACACUAAGGUUAGUGAUGCUGCAGGUACUCUUGGCCUUCAAGAAGAAACAGUGGGAAGGAAGUUGUCAAAAACUUCAAGAAAAGACGAACUUCUUUCUCACUCUCAACAUUGUGAGGAGAAAGAGUCUUGUGCAGAAGUCAGUGACAUCCACUUGCCCAGGUGUACAAGUCUUCCCAUAUCAACAAGAGGUCUCUUCUUCAGCGAUUCCUUCUUCCAAGAUGCUUGGAAUGAUUUUAACGCUGCUGUUAAGGAAGUGAUGUGUAGAUGGGGUGAAGAAUCAUCUGUCAACGACCUCUUAACCCACUACAGAAACUUACGAUCUCGUGACCUGAGAGAUGAGACUCAGGCAGUGAAGUGUUCUGAAGAUAAUCUCAACUAUAAGUUUGUUGUGGACGUGCAAGACUUCACAGACGGAGGUAAGAUCAGUGUCAAGGCGGUGAAUGAGAGAGAAUUGGUGGUGGAGGGUCGUGUGGAGAAGAAAAACGGAGGAUCAAGUUUCACAAAGCGAUUCCUUCGUCAUUUCGUUCUACCGGAAAAUAUUAAACUUGAAUCAGUGUCAUCAGUUAUGUCUUCAGACGGUGUCUUAACUAUCAUGGCGCCCAAGAAGGCUAAAACAUUAGAGAUCAAGGAAGUUGUUGUUCCCAUGAGCGUUGAGGAAGGAAUCAAGAAGUCUGAGAGCUUGAAGCAGUCAAGUGUAGAAGCUUCCUUGUGCUCAUCAGAUGCUUCUGAGGGUUCAUCAGCUGUCUCUGAGGCUUCAUCAGCUGUCUCUGAGGCUUCAUCAGCUGUCUCUGAGGGUUCAUCAGCUGUCUCUGAGGCUUCUACAGUCAAGAAAUCUUCUGUGUUCGGUUCAUCAGUUUUAUCAGAUUCGGUGACAGAGACUCAAGAACACAUCAUUCCUGUAACACUUGUGGAACAACAACAAUGUCAGACUCAAACAUCUGAUGAGAAAUCCUUCACAAAAGAGAACCAAAUGUCUCAUUGUGAUCAACUGAAAAGUUUUACUUCUUUGAGGAACAAAAUGACCGCUAAUGAAGAUGUUUCUUCUAAGCGAACAACCGAGGCGAGGAAAUGUUCCUCUGAUAAUAAAAGUGAUGUUACUUUUAACAUCGAGGAAGUUAACGCUGAUACUAACAUCAACAACCAAGAUUAUCAUUCUAAGACAAAUACAGUUGUUGAUAAUGAGGUUGAUAAGACUAAGUCUAUUGUCAACCGUCAUUAUCAAGGUCACUGUGAGAACUCUCGUAGUGUUAAUCUUAAUAGAAUUUUGCCAGUAAGUUUGAAGGGAACAUUUUUCAAUGACUCUUUCUUUGAGGACUCCAGAGAAAGUUUUGUGACUGCAGUUAAGAAUGUACUGAAGAAGACUCGUGAAGGAUCCUACCUGUGUGAUGACAUAACAUCCUACAGGAACCUCAGACAACGUGACUUAAGAUCAGAGAACCAAGCCGUCCAUGUUGAGGAGGACAUUACCUCUAUGAAGAUUGUAGUGGACGUCCAAGACUUUAUUGGAGGUGAUAUUAAAGUGGAAGUUGUUGAAGAUAAAGAACUUGUGGUUGAGGGAAGAACCAAGAGUGAAGAUGGAGCCUCAGCCACUUCCUCGAGCUUCCUUCUUCGCUUCUCCUUACCUCAGCACGCUGACCUGGAGACAAUAUCCUCAGCCAUGUCCUCAGAUGGUGUCCUCACAAUCAUUACCCCCAAGUUGCAACAGACUGUUGGUGCUGGUACAACAAACAACAAGGAAAUGUUUGUUGAACGUCAGUCAAGACUUGACCACCAGAGUGAUGGAGAACAAUCAUGGGAGGAGAAGAAGGUUCAACACUCAGCUAAAGAGUCUGAGGGUUGUAGCUCCCGGUCCUUCAGUUCCGCCUAUCGUUCCCAACAUCAAUAUUCAUCCAACAGAAAUUUUAAACAUUAAAAAUUCCUCUAAUAUUUUCUUAAACUUAGUAAUGCUAAAGAAUAAAUUUUUAACUUAUUAUAUCUCUAUUAAUUUGUUAGUUAUCAAAGAUAAUAUAAUAAUGUAACUGAUCACAUCAUCUUAGGUAAUUAUAUAAUGUAAAACUGUGAGAAAAGUAACUAGACUGGGACUUCAGACAUCAUCAGUGAGCGAGGAACAUCACUGUACAUGACAGUAACUCAACAGAUGUCACCAACUUCACCUUCCCACCUGUGAGCUCACCUGGUGAUGUCACCUACACAUUCCCUCAUUAGAAAUUUGUUUUUAUUUUUCUCGGAAUUUUGGUGAAAUAAGGAUGAACUCAAACUCAAAUUUCGUUAUAGAUAAUUUAUUCAUAAAUGAUAGAUUUUGUGUCAGUUAUAAUCUAUAGAAUAUAUAGAUUUCUAUAUAUAUAUAUUAAGAGAUAUUUUUAUUUUUAUGUAUAAUAUAAAAAAAAUCACUGAAGUCGUGUUUUUUUAACAAAUUAUUCAAUGUUUAUAACCUUUUACAUAUAUAUAUUUUUUACGUAAAAUUUUUAAGAUGGAUUUUUUAAUAAAAAUGAGAACAACAUAACGAUUUG